GAGGCUUGUCGUCAUGACAACCUAACAUUCCGGUAAAACUCCACUAGAGCGCUUCAUCGAAGUAAACAAGAUGGCUGUGAAUGUCAGAAGAGGUUUGGAGAUCCCAGAGCCAUCAGAUUACAGCAGCUGUGAAGAUGAUGAUGUGUCUUAUUACACAGAUCUGCAGCAGCCUGAUAAUAAUCUACCGGAGUCUGCAAGAGUGAUCAAUAAGCUGUUAAACAACCUUGUUGACAGUGCAUGGGAAGUUAUAUCAAAGCAGGAGAAGAUCAAGAGGGAUGAAGAAGCAGCAAGACAAAUCCCUGUGCUGAAUGCUACUAAAGAAAUGAAGCUUCCAGGCAGAACUAAUAGUAUUGUAAGCUCUGAUGAUGGACUUUACCUGUUUCUUGGUCACACUCACAGUCUGUCAGUCAUCAGUACAUCCACUCUCACCUGUGUAAGAACGUGGCAGGAUGAAAGAGUGGAGAUUACAAGCAUCUCUUGUGCCUCUCUGGGAAAUGCCACACACCUCUUAUUCACAGUGGAUGACAUGGGUAUUGCACGGCUUUUUGUGCAUCACAUGGAGAAUAUUUAUUUAAUAAAAGUCAUCAAUGAAACUGAAGAUAUAAACCAAAGAAACAUCUGUGCAAAAUUUGAAGUGUCUAGAAGUGGGGACUUUGGAGCUGCAGUCAUGACAUGUAAAUUUCCUAUUAAAAUAUGGAAAUGUAAUAUAAGACUAAAAAUACAGUUAAUUGUGAGUACUACUGAUUCAUUAAUGCUGUUGUGGUAUAUUAUCAAUGAAGCCAGUGGCUUGGUUUGGCUGGAUGUCUAUCGCUUCCCAAUAGAUGUGUGGCUCAAAGAGCUGGAAACCAAACAGGCUACACAAACCCAACAGACCACAGAAGCCAAACUGUCUCCAGUAAUCUUACUCAUGAAGAUCAAACCUCCAGAAAUCCCUACAGGCACCUCUCUGAAAAGUCCAUCUGAGGUCCUGCAGAAGACGGAGGAAGGCACUAUAAUAGGCUCAGGCCAAAAUCACUUCAUUAGUAGUCGUCAAUGGGAAAACCAGGAUGCAGCAUUUAAGAAAAGGUUCAUGAAGUACCUCAGCUCCAGCUCUGCGAUGACACUACAGCAAAAAGCAGAAGGACCAAGCAACUGUACUUGUCACUUCUUACUGCGUGAGGGGUUUCAUUCAAUGCCUGGGGAAGCUGAGGCAGCUAGAGAUAUUCCCAUUGCUGUGUGCCUGUGGUGGAAUGGCAGCUAUAACCUCUUACAGUAUCUUCUGUUGAAGACCCUUAAAGAGAAGGACAGUGAACCCAGGCCAGAUGUUUUGUGGCCCAAUUCUCAGAAAAUCCUCUGCUCUGCCAUCAGUGCUUGCACACAGUUUGUUGUUCUAGGACUUGACGGUCAGCUGGUUACUAUAUGGGACAGACGGUUUGGGUGUCCAUAUGCCAAUAUUGUGAUCCCAGGAGAUGGUGCCAUUUGCAGGAUGAAGCUUCUUUUGCAGAGUCAAUCAGUCACUCAGCUCUUUCAGGAUCCCUUUUUACCCACACUACAGUUAGUGCUCACUUGCAGAAGUGGGGCAUGUUACAGUGUGACAGCAGGCAGAGGAGGAGACACAUGCACUGUUGCACUUAUUGAAAGACCUGCAGGCCCAGGCAGUUCUGUCACUAUAGCGGAACCAGUGCCUUUCCUGAAGUUUCUGAUUUUGUUGAUGCAGAGAAAUGGGCAAGUAUCCAUAUGGAAAACGGAGGAUUGCGCACCAGUAUUCAUCUUAAACCUGCCCCCAACUCAUGUGCUGGGCUCACUCAGGGAACCUGUGUGUCUGCUUGAGCCAGUCCAACAAAAACUAUAUAUUACAGGUGACAGAAAAACACCUUUGGUGGAGGCGACUGAUAGGAACAAGGAUGAGAGCGCUCUCUUCAUCUUCAGCUUUUCAGAAUGCACACUGAUGGAUCGGUACCGUGUCACGUGUCCAGCUGUAAGUGAAAAAGAGACCAGAGCCACACUCUCAGAUUUGGAGGAGGCCUGCAACCUUUACUUUAAGGAAAGAGCUGACUCUUGGAAAAAGAGGAACAGAAAUUUGGCUUUCCAAUGGGAGCAGCUUUCGAAGCGUGAUAUUAAAUGAUGCUUCGUAUA